AUGGUUCGCGCUGAGGUCUCAUGCGCCCUGAGGCACUGCACGCUCGCGGAGGGCGUUCCACGCGGAGCCCAGCUGCUGCUGGUGGACGAGGCCGCGCAGCUGGAGCCCGCCGCGAUCGAGGAGCUGCUCACGGCCCGCGGGUGCGGCGUGGCGCUGGCGGCCACCGUGGACGGCUACGAGGGCACUGGCCAGGCCCUUCGCCGCAGCCUGGGCCGCCUCGCGGCGUUGGGCGCGCCGCUGCGGCAGGUGGCGCUCGAGGAGCCCGUGCGCUGGCCGGCCGGCGACGCGGUGGAGCGGCUUGUGGAUGACGCCCUUCUUCUCCGUGCUGCACCUCGAGAGCACGCUGAAGUGGGCGCCGAGAGCGCAGAGCUCGUCAAGCUGCGCCGUGGGGACCUGCUCGAGGACGAGGCGCUGCUGAGAGAGGUGUACGGGCUCUUGC